AUGACAGAGGUACGAAGCAGAAUCCCACGCACUUCCGCAUCAGAGGGCAAUUCUGAAGACAUUGCUCCUCCAAGCAAUGCUCUUAUUGUCCGCAGCUCUGACCGGCGACGGGGCUGGCUUAGCAGAUGGCGGGAAGGUAUAGGUCUCCUUGGGAUCUCGGUCUUGCUAAGUCAAAUCACUGGACUGAGUAGUUGGAUCAUCCCUGGUGAGCAGCCAGCUGCUCCAGGAGACUACGCCGAGAGGACAAGGCGAGUACUUAAGGCACAUCCGCUUAUUGAUGGCCAUAAUGACUUCCCUUGGCUGCUUCGGGUUGAACACCACAACCGACUCUACAGUGGCGACUUUGACCCCAAUCAGCCACUACUGGGACAUACCGAUAUUGGCAGGAUGCGUCAAGGAAUGAUGGGGGGCCAGUUCUGGAGCGUAUAUGUCCAUUGUGAUGCUGCUCAGAGACACUUUGAAGACGCUACGUGGCUUGUUCGAGAUACGCUUGAGCAGAUUGAUGUGGCCAAGAGAUUCAUCGCCCAAUACCCACAACACUUUUCGUAUUGCGAUACUUCAUCAUGUGUCCAGAAGGCUUUCAAACAAGGUCGAAUCGCGAGUAUGCUUGGCAUCGAAGGAGGUCACCAGCUGGGAGGCUCUAUCGCAGCUCUUCGACAGGCGCACGCUUUGGGUGUACGGUAUAUCACGACGACUCACAAUUGUGAUAACGCAUGGGCUACCUCAGCCUCGACAGUGGCUGCCGGUGGACUGGACAGGGGCCUCACGGCUUUCGGGAGCGCUUAUGUGCGCGAGAUGAAUCGAUUGGGUAUGCUACUUGACUUGUCCCACGUCUCUCACCAAACGAUGCGGGACGUGCUGUCGUUGACUAGAGCCCCUGUUAUCUUCUCGCAUUCUGGAGCAUACUCAGUCACUCCUCAUCUGCGCAACGUCCCAGACGACGUGCUGCAUCGCUUGCGAGAGAACGACGGCAUAGUAAUGGCGGUCUUCGUCAACCGCUUCCUCAAUAUGAAGGAUCCAAGUUCUGCAACUAUACACGAUGUGGUGGACCAUAUAUGGCAUCUUGCUACUGUGGUGGGCUGGGAUCAUGUUGGCUUGGGAUCUGACUUCAGUGGCACGCCACACACUCCGAGUGGACUUGAGGACGUAUCAAAAUACCCAGACCUGAUGCAGCUUCUCAUGGCGAGAGGUGCUACAGAUGAUCAGAUACGUGGUUUAGCGGGCGAGAAUCUGCUUCGAGUCUGGGCAAAGGUCGAGCAGAGGGCCAGGGACAUCCAAAUGGAGGGUCACAAACCUGUGGAAGAAGAGUGGGAAGGCCGAGAGUGGCAUCAUGCGUACAAAUCCUCGCCCUACAUGAUGCGAAAAACUCGUGAAAAGGCGGCUUUGGAAGACUGGGGAGAGCCGAAUCAGUUCAGCGUCAACAAAGCUGGCAAGCACCAGCCAAUUGUGAAGGAAGAUAGAUACAUAUGA